AUGAUUGUGUUGAAAGGUAUAUUAAAUCAUCAAUCAUCAGAUAUUGAAUUUAGCACCAAAAACAUCCAUAAAACCACCAGCAGAGAUAAAAUUGCAGCAUUUCUCAAGACGGAUAUUGCCUCAUUAACAGAAUUAAAUCUCACAGAUGGGGUAAAUUCAUCAUUACCAGUAAUUAAACUGGUUCAAAAUAGAUUGGUCUUGGGUGAAAAUAAAACCAUAUUGUCAAUCACCACAUCAACAACUAAACCAAUUAAAACACUUAAAGACUUGAAUCAUUAUAAAAUACCACCACCAGUUAAUAAAAAAUCAAAAAUUGAUGUUGUGAAAGAUACAACCGUCAUUGACAAUUUAAAAAAUGAUUUAACUAACUACAAAGAUUUUAUUGAACGAAUCUCAGCAGCAAUAAUUGAAAUCAAUGGAGUUGAAUUAUUAAUUGUCAGUGUAUAUGCUCCAUGUUCGAGUACACACUCAAACGAUAAUUUUAAAUUUUUUUUUGAUUUAUUCAAAUUUAUCAGUGAGUUUCCAAACGAGUGUAUCAUCAUGGGUGACUAUAACGUCACCCAGUUUCAAUAUCACCAAAAAUUAUUCAGCUUCCCAUUAAGUCCAAAUGAAUUAUUAUCAAAUGAAGCUUUAGAAAAAAUUUAUAUGAAUAAAAAUUUGGUUUUUGCUUCAUUGUUCAUAUGUCCAUCAGCAAUUUUUAUAACUAAUCAUGGGCAUCAAAACUGUGCAACUAUUGAUGGUUUCUCAUUAGAUAAAGAACGUGCUUAUCAUAUAACAAAAUUAACCAAAUCCAGGGAAAUUAAGAAUGGAACACAUGAGUUCCUAAUUAUGUCAGUGAACUUUGAAACCAAUUCCCCAGGUCAUAAAGAAGAUAAAUUAAAAAUUAUAUGUCAAGAUAAUAAACAAACUGUACUAAACACAUAUUUGGAAGUUGACCCCCAUUGCCUUUGCGGCAAGAUGGAAGGUCGGAAAAUAGCAGAAGUUUCAAAUGAAAUUAUCAACAUCAAUCGAGGUAAGUUUGAUGAAAAAAUCAACAUUGAAAAACCACAAAUAAUGAAUCAACUGAUUAAACCAACAGCAGUAGAAAAAUCAUUAAGGAGAAACGAAACCUUUUUUAAAUAUACUGUUUUUGUAAAACCAGUUUCCCCAAGAAAUUCAUUAACAAACCAUGACAUAGUAAAUAUAUUAUUAAAUUCAUCAAAUGAAUCAACAACAACAUCAAAUGAAUCAACAACAAAAGUAGAAGUUGUAAAUAAAAAUUCAUCAAAAAAUUCAAAUGAUAUAAUCAAUGCAUUAAUUAAAAGUGGAUGUAAAAAAUUAAUACCAGAUGCCUCAGCAAAUAAUACAAUUGUUAGUGCAUCAAGCAAAUCCAAUGUUUCAAAUAAUGGUAUGAAAAUCCUUUCAAAUGAAUCAUCAAUUAAUGUUAAAACUGCUCCAUCAAAUAAUACAAAUAAUAAUAAUGCAUUAUCUCCAUCAAAUGUAUCAUCAACAAAUAAUGGUUUGAAAUCACCUUCAAAUGAAUCAUCAACUAAUGUUAAAACUGCUCCAUCAAAUAAUACAAAUAAUAAUAAUGCAUUAUCUCCAUCAAAUGUAUCAUCAACAAAUAAUGGUUUGAAAUUACCUUCAAAUGGUUCAUUAACUAAUGUUAAAACUGCUCUAUCAAAUAAUACAAAUAAUAAUAAUGAAUUAGCUCCAUCAAAUGUAUCAUCAACAAUUCAAGCAUCAAAUGAAAAUUAUAAAUCCUUCACCAUAUAUAAAAAUAGUUUGGGUCAUAUCAAUGUAAAUACAUUAUUAAAAAUUGUUUAUGAGGAUCGUGAUGAAAUGUGUAACUUUAUUCGCACGAUUAAAAAAAGGUCUUAUAUUGGUGAUGGUGAACAGCAAUUCAAUGGGACAUAUGUUCCACCACAAACAGCAUUAAUCAUUUUGAGGUUUUUUGGAAUUAAAGGUGCUGAUAUAAUUUUAUCACAGCCACUUAUUAAUGAAGAUGAUCCACAAACACAAAUAAAUCCCAUUGGUACUUCAACUAGUCCAACAGAAGCAGAUACACCAGCAACAGCGAUCUUAGAAUAUAAUGAAUCUAAAAAUUUGUUGAGUUUUUUUUUCACUAAAGGAUUUGGAAAGCCAGACUUUCAAGUAAAAUUCAACCAGGAUGCUGUUGACUUCACUGGAUUUGUUAAGGCAUUGAAUAUCCCAUAUUCCUUAUACAGGAAUUGGGAAAAACCCAAAAAUCAUAGUAUUUGCAGGAUCUUUAAAAGUGAAGGAAAUUUACUUAUCCCAUUAGAUUAUAUAGGAAAUAUAGCUGAGGUUCCCAAUGGUAGAUCAGAUGUUGUGGUUGCUGCUGCUAGAGCUAAGUGUUAUCCGGUUUUCGAACCGGAUUUGAAAAAUUUUGCUAUUGCUAUAAUUGAUGGUUAUGGUGAAGAUUUUGCUAAUUUUGAUCCAAUCAAAAGAAGAUUUGCUUAUGUUAGACUGCAAGGUUGUAUUUACCAUAAAGUGGGUGAUAAAUUGUAUGUUGCUAGAACCAGUCAAAAUGAGGUAUGCUUGAGAUCGUUGAUUAGAUGUGCUGGUGAUGAAUAUGAUAAAUCAACUUUAUUCAAAUCAAGAAAGAAAGAUUAUGAAAAAUCUGAUAUUAAAAAUUUUUACGACUUUUCAUUGAAAAAAAUGACUAAGCUUGAAACCAUAUUCAUUGAUUUGAGAACUGCAAAAUCCAUAGCAUAUAGAUUUGGAUUUAUUAAUGACGUAGCACCAAUUUUAAAAAAUGAUUUGUUAAAUAUGGAAUUUAUCAAAAAUUUAAUGAAAUGA